AUGGACUCGGACAUCCCCACAGAAAUUGGCUCCAUCCUUCAAGGCGCAUCCAUAAACCGACACCCAUCCGUACGACACGACGCGAACCCAUCGACGGCGGCAUCCGAGAAGCAGCCCGUUACUCUCAAUGAACACCCGGAUCCCGACAGCUCAGAGGUCGGCGAAGAUGAGAUUCCCGUCAGCGUGUUGGAUCCAGUACCGCGACAGAAGACGAUGCCUCCGCUGCCAGACCUGCGGUUCGAACAAAGUUAUCUGAAGAGUAUCGAGCAAGCAGAAGGGUGGCAGGGCGUGUUAUGGAUCACACUGCGCGAUCAGGUUAUCAUGUGCUUCGCGCAAGGCGUGCUGUGGACUCUUGUACUCAACGGCUGGCGACACUGGAACCGGUCGGCCAAGUUCAGUGGACAUGGCGUCGGCGCGCGGAUACGGAGAUGGUGGUGGGGAGUUAACAACUGGUCGAUACCAAACGCAAAGUCCAAGUUGAGGAAUACCAAGUUGGCCAAGAACGUAACGGAGGUAAGUCUGGCCUUCUUAAAAUAUUAUGAGGCAGAAUUCUCAAGUGCGGCUCAAGAUUGA